AUGCUGUCGAGAAUUGCUCAGCGUAUUGUCAGGAAGGCCGCUGUUCCCCGCACCAGCAUCAUCACCCGACCCUUUUCUGCCGUCACUUCCAGGCCACAAGACCUUGUCAAGGCAGAAAAGGUUCCUAUCGUCACCUUCACCGGUGGCGAACGGCAAUCAUCUGAGCUGACAGUCGGAAAGACCUCAGGACCAGUCAACCCUCCCGGCGCCGACGAGCACAAAGCUGCUGUUGCUUUCGACAGUUCUCUCCUUCCGCGCCUCACGCCCACCAUGGCCAAGUUCACCUUGCCCGGCAAGGUCGCAGUCGUUACUGGCGCUGGUCGUGGACUCGGCUUCAACAUGGCUCAAGCCAUGGCAGAGGUCAGCGUUCGUGGAAUCGCAAUCAUGGACGUUCAGCAACAACUUGGUGAGAAAGCCGCCAAGGAACUCAGCGAAGAGACCGGUGUCGACGCCCGUUUCUACAUGGUCGACGUCCGCGAUGGCAACUCCAUCAUCCGGGCUGUUAACGACAUCGUCGGUCACUACGGCACCAUCGAUGUGCUUAUCAACUCCGCCGGCAUCGCCGACUCAAACAUCCCAGCCGAGACGUACGACACAGAAAUGUUCCGCCGCUUAAUCGACAUCAACAUCACGGGCACCUUCCUCGUCUCGCAAGCCGUCGGCAAGCACAUGAUCUCCGCCGGUCACGGCGGCUCCAUCGUCAACAUCGCCUCGAUGUCCGGCAGCGUUGUAAACUACCCACAGGAGCAGUGCUGCUACAACACUUCCAAGGCCGGUGUCGUUAUGCUCACCAAGUCUCUCGCCGCCGAAUGGGCCAAACACAACAUCCGGGUCAAUGCCAUCUCGCCGGGCUACAUGGAUACCGCGUUGAACCGCGUCCCGGCGCUCGACGCACAGAAGAAGAUCUGGAUCGAGCAGACGCCGCAGAAGAGGCUCGGUGCUGUCGACGACCUGAACAACCUCGCGGUUUACCUCGCUUCGGAUGCAUCGUCUUACAUGACCGGCAACAAUUGCACCAUCGAUGGUGGUUACACGCUUUGGUAA